AUGAUGAACUUUCCAACUGUGCACAAGGACGUGUUGUCCUUUGCUUUUGAUCACUCGGUUGACUAUGACGAGAGCCAGCCACUCUAUAUUGAUGCAAGAAAUCCAUCGCGCAGUCUAAAUGCCAAUCAGUUACGUCGAUUAGUGCGGGCUCUGAUCGCAGGCCUCAGGCGGUAUAUUAAGCAAGGAGAGUGUGUGCUGGUUCAUCUGGGCAAUAGCUAUGUUCACUCAGCUCUCUUCUUCGGCAUAAUAGGAGCCGGAGGGGUUUACAUGGGUGCCAGCCCCGACAGCCCACCUCAUGAAUUAGCCAAUGUUCUUGAGCUGGGGAGGCCAAGGUUAAUCAUUACGACAAACCAGACGCUUCAUGCUGUCUUGAGUGUUGCAACCAGCAAAGGCCUCGGUCCGGAGCAAACCUGCCUGUUUGAAGAAUUGACUAUCGCUAGCUUUCUAGAGUCAAACAUCAGUUAUCGUCGCCAAAAUGCUGAAACCAUCACAUUAUACGACCUUCUCGCCUGCGGUGAAGAGGAUUGGAUCAAGUUCGAUGACGAAGCCCUGGCCAAAACCACUCCAGCCGCUAUGUAUUGCACCAGCGGCACCAGUGGGCUUCCCAAAGCCGCCAUUAUCUCGCACCAGGCUGUUGUCUCCCAGCAUCUUAACAAGCACUAUGAGGUUCCAUACGCUGUCAGAAGACUGGUCGUUGUUCCAGUAUACCAUCGCUUCGGGGCACUCUGGCACGCAUUUCCCAUCCGUCAAGGAGAGCCCGCAUACUUCCUGCAAAAGUUCGAACUGAAUCACUUCCUCGACGCUGUUCACAGCAACAGAAUAACAGACGUAUUUAUUGUGCCAGCAAUAGUUCACCUCUCACUUCAGUCCUCUCGGCCUGUGGCGGAGCUCCUUUCAUCUCUGCGUAUGGUAGGCGUCUCAGGCGCGCCCAUUGACACGGAGUCAUUGCAAAUUUUCCAAGAUCUGCUACACAAGAAAGCUACUGCAGCGCAAAGCUGGGGUAUGACAGAGACAGGCCCGAUAUUUGUAUGCAGGUAUGGAGAGCGCGUCGAUAAAGGAAGUAUCGGAAAGCUUGUCGGGAUAAACGAGGCAAGACUCAUCGACGAUGAAGGCAUGAUAAUAACCAGCGACAACUGCCCCGGUGAGCUAUACGUACGAGGCACAGGACUAUUUUCGAACUAUAAGGGACGAGAUGACGGAGUCGACGCAGAUGGAUGGUUUCGAACAGGGGACGUGGCCUACAGACAAAACGAAUACUACUACCUGUUUGGCAGAGUCAAGGAAAUUAUCAAAGUACAAGGGAACCAAGUAGCUCCUGCCGAAAUAGAAGCCAUCCUCUCCAAGCACCCAGGAAUAUCCGAUGCCGCCGUCCUCGGAGUCUAA